AACUUCCGUGACAUGCAGAUACUGGUGGUGUAAUUCGAUUGGUUCUCAGCAUCCUCACUGAAUAGUAGACGACUUCCCAUUGGCUGUACAUAAUGUAAUUUGUAUGUAUGGUCACUCUAUUAAGUCUCGAGAAACCAAACAAAUGAGGUAUUAUGUUAGGUGUUUCCUUGUUUCUAGCCAGACAUGAUUGGUAAAUAAACAUGAAUAGCUGAAGGCGGCGGUCAUUGCAGAUGUCCCGUGUUCGGAUUUUUUAAGCGACUCCUGAUUUUAUUCAGCUGUAAUCAACGAUCAUACUCCACUGAAGGAUUAGCGGUGACAUGAAACAAACAAAUGAGUCAAACAUGCCACAUGGGGAACAGAUCCGACGAUGCAGCAUUUUUUAUCCUUUACCAACCAGCACCAGACUGGGCGUAGAUGACAUUUCAAUCUGUCACGAUAUUGUUGGGCAAGAUAUGUGUCUCCUUGUUGACUGCUCUCCUCGGUUUACAUUGCUACUUCGUGACAUGAACAAAAUUGUGGAGUCUGUUGAAGAAACACCAUCACCAGCUGCAAGUGAAGGAAACUUAAGUAAACAUUGCUUAACCAGCCCACAAACUAAAGGCAUUUUCCCCCUAAGAUAUUAGACUGGUCCGAACAUCUCAACAGCCAGUAGGAUGGCUAAAAAAAUCUUCCAAUAUGAGUCCACUACUUCCUGUUCCAGUCACAUGACUGAAUUUUCCUUCUUUCUCGUUUGCUCUUAUGGUCCGGACAUCUUUUCUGAGCCAUGUUUAUUAGUCCCCUACCGGUACAACCUUGACAUAUUCAGCUGAAAUUUUGUGUAUAGCUUUUAUCAGAUACUAUUACAGAACAAUUUUGACUUUCUUGUUGAAUUGCUCAUUUGUGACAGAGUUGUGUUCCUUAUCUUUUUAUAUGUUUAUUAGUCCCCUACCGGUACAACCUUGAGAUAUUGAGCUGAAAUCUUGUGUAUAGCUUUUAUUAGAUACUAUUAUAGAACAAUUUUGACUUUUAUGUUGAAUUGCCCAUUUGUGACAGAGUUGUGUCCCUUAGAAACAUGCUGAACCUAACGUCUGAUAUGUAAAAAAGGCCUGUAAUGGU